GGUCUUAAUUGAAGUAUGACAAUUUAUCUAGAUACAAUAACAAAUGUGUUAAGUUAAAAUGAAAAAUACUUUAAAGUUAUAAUAUAUUGAAACUAAAAUGGGUAAAAGGUUACAAACAAAGUAUUCAGAUUUAAAUCAACGUAUUAUAAAAAGAUCCAAAUACAUCAAAGAAAAUAUUCGUAAACGUAAAUCAAAUAUUGAUGUGGAGGAACCUUUAAAAAAAGCUCUUAAACUAGAAACUAGUGGUCAAGAAAUAAGUAGAGAAACAGUUUUUGUAGAAAAAUUAGAUGAUAAUGGAACCCUUAUAUUAAAUACUCGAGAGCAUGUAUCAUAUGAUUUGUUUUUCAGUGAUGAACUUAAAAACAAUUAUAUCAAUUUCAAUUCCAAAGAUAUGUAUUUUCAUAUUAAUGAUGAAGUUGCAUUAGAAGGUUUAGAUGGAAUUACAAUUGAAGCAUUUUGGAAAAGAUUUUUAACUGCAUUAGAUGGACCGCUUUGCCUAGAUAAGCAAUUAGAAAGAUUCAUAUGGGAGAAUAUUAUUUUAAGUCAAGACCAGUUUCAAUUUUUUGAGUUGCCUGUUCCAAGGCCUGAAUUAGUUAUAUACAAUGUGUUUGACUAUUUGCACACUGAAAUUGGUGUUGUUAUGGAAGUGGCAUAUGCUCCACCAGAUAUAUAUCCAAUAGCUUUGGUAAAUGCAUCACCAAUUCUUGGCUCCUGUUCCACUUUCAAGGAGAGAAUCAAUAUAACAUCGAUUGUUCAAAGUUUAUCAUUAGAUGAAGCAGAAGAAAGAUAUGGUCAAAAAUUAGUAAUAGUAGCUAGUCAAAACAUGAGGAUACAAGCCCUUUAUGAAGAUACAGCUGACCCAUGUAUAGAACUUCUGAAUAUGGAUUACUCUAUACUAGAAAGAAUAGGCAGAUCUAGAAAAUUAGGAGAAUUGACACAAGGGACUAUGUCUAUAACAGCUGCAUUUAAAAUUGAUGCGAAAAGCAUAUUUCAUUAUAAAAAAAAUUUGUGUCUCAACAAUCUCAUUUCAACUCAGAUGUUUAUAAUCAAGUCUGCAUUAUUGGACCACAAUAAAACCGGGAGUCUCAUACAGUUGAAACGUUUUUACACAAAUAUAAGAUCUCGACAAAGUUGCAUAGCUGAUCAGAUUAUAAAUGUGAUAAAAAACCAACCAAACUGCAGAAUAUAUAGCAAAUUAUUGAAAUCUUUGUUCUCUGAUAAUAUCCAAUGUGUCAAUAAGUUAUUGAAGAACCCCGAAUUUAAAAAAUUUGUAACUACUAAGAUUCUACCAUAUAGAACUUUUUAUCCAGAUGCCACACGUUCUGAAUAUGAAACUAAGAAGACCAAAGUUGAGAAAGAGUUAGUUUAUUAUGAACUUAUAGAUCCUUAUGUUAAUCCCAUGGCAUAUUGGAGAGCACAAGAAAAGACAGAUCCAGAUGAAGAGGAAGAUAAAGAAGAAAAACUUUCUGGUCAUAAGAUGUACGGUGCAGAUACUAUUAGAGAUAUUUACCAAUAUAUCCGAUCAAAUGAAGAUAAAGGUUGCUUUGGUAAUGAAAUCAAACUAAACGUAGGGAUCGACAAAAAUACUGCGAGAUUAGCUUUGAAUAAACUACUUGGAAAAGCGCUUAUAGAUUUUACCAAAUUUGAUGAUGGAAAGCAAAGGAAAUAUGUGUAUAAAGCAGUCUGUUGGAAAAGACCAGAUUACCCAACUCCCUCUUCGCCACCUAUUCAGAAAGUAUCUUCCAUAAAAAUGAAAAUGUUGGAAAAACAAAAAGCAGCUGUAGCAAACAAAAAAGAAAAUCAAGCUAUCAAUAUUGAAACAGAACCAAGUACAAAUUUACAACUUGAUAGUUGCUCAAUAAAAACUCCAGAUAUUUCCAAUUGCAAAUUCAUAGUUGCACAAAUAGAACAAGAAGAUAAAGUGGAACAGAACAAAAAUCCAGCAAUUUCUGAAAUUAAAUUGAAGAGCUCCUACACUAUACACUUAUCAUAUGUUUUAUUAAAUACUGAGCAGAUAUUUAACAUUAAUCAGUUGUUACUAGAAAUCACUCCGACAUUAAAUAUUCUCGAAGUUAAGGCAAUAUCUGACAACUUCCUCAAAAGAAAAUAUGAAUUGGAUGUAAAAAUAAAAGUUUCAUUAUUCAAAGCUUGUUUAGGUGAUGUAAAAGCGAUAAAAGAAUUCACAGAGGUUAAAAGGGAAAAUAAUCCAAAUGAAAAGAUGUCCAUACCAAAUUUAAGUCAAGAACAAAGAAGUAUUACAGACACAAACGAAACUUCUAAAUUAGAUUACAUGGGCUCAAAUCCUACUGAAGUUUUUAAUGAAGUAGAUCAAGAUGUAACAACUAAGAUAAUUGUUUCGACAACUCCUGCUGAAAUUCGAUUAGAAAAACAAUAUCCAAAAUCUAAAUUGUUAACUGAAAGGGUUUCUAAGAGAAUGCAAAUUAUUAUAGACCUUGUAAAUGAAAUGCGUUUGAUUGAAGAAAUUUUUACAGUGCAGAAAUGUAUCAUCGAUAAAGAAAUAGAAACUGGACACAGCGAAAAAAUUGAUAGAAAAUCUUUAUUGAGAAUAUUAAAACGACUAGUAGAAGAAGGGUUCAUAAAAAUUUUCAAAAUAAUCGUUAAUAACGAGAAGAUAUAUAAAACGAUUGUAUUUGUUUGCCAUCCAACGGUAACCUCAGACGACGAUGUUAUUAAAAGUGCUAGCGAACAACUUAAAUGGAAAUACUUCUUUGGUGUGGUUAGAAAAACUUCAAAGCCGCACAUUCCUGGAAUUCAAAAAAAUAUUGAAAAUAAAUUUUCAUCUUCUCCAUUUACCCAGGGUGACGUUUUGAAUAGCAUCAAGGAAAUGAAGCAACUGGAAACUGAUUUAUUGAAAGAAAUCAAACGGAAACUUAACAAAAACAUUGGAAAAGUGUAUGGAGUUAAACCAAAGUUUACAAGGAUGCGAAUAAUGCAUGAGUUUCUUUUCUUUCUAAUUCGCGAAAAUAAAAAUAAAGACACCAUAUUACCAAUGGAAUCCGUAAUUCGGUUAUUUAAGAGCUGUAGAAUCGAGUUAUCUGAAAAUGAUAUACAGGAAAUGCCGAAAAUGUACCAUAAUGAAAUUAGUUGGAAAAUGUUUGUACCACCUUUACCUUCACAUUUGGGUUGGGAAGAAGGAUGGGCUUUAGUAUGUGACAUCAUUUUAAGGUUACCCGUUAGCAUUUUCCUUAAGCUCCAUAAUUGUACUUACGAAGAUGCUGAUUUAUUAGAAAUAUUAAAUCAUCCUAUUAAAAGGUACUAUUUAGUCAAAGAUUUACCAGAGAAGUCUAGAAAAACCAUUCUUUUUAAACGUAAAUAUCUAUUUUCUUUAUAUGAUACUAUUAGCUAUCUGGUAUUUUGUGGCUUAGUUCAGUUUGGUCCACAAAAAUAUAGAGAAAAGGACCAAGUAUUUAUAUAUUUAAAUACUAAAGCUUCUCUUUUGGAUACAAGAACUAGUAGCCCUGGAUACAAUGAAAUCGAACAGAAAGAAUAUCCAAGACUUUCAUUUACAUUCAAAACACUUGCUGAUAUUGAUCACUAUUGGCAAAAACUAAAUAAGAUCAGUUUGAAUACUUAUCUGAAUUCAAGGGAACCGGGAAAACUUGUAACACUUGUUUACAUAAACUCCAAACCUGAAAUUGUAGAGUGUGUGAAGUCGAGAACAGUUGAAUCAGCUAAAUUACACGAUAAUGGAAAUAUUCCAGGAGAUGGUAAAGGGGCAUGUGGUCUAGAUUCAUCGCUUUGGUGCCAUUUAGUAAGAAACUGGAUGAAUACUGAUGUUCCCGCGGGAAAUUCAUUGUAUACAGAAUUAAAACGGAACGUUUUCAAAGAGAAUGCUCCACAACUUGUGUCAUUCAAAGAGUUGCGUCUGAACUCUACCAAAGUUUAUUUAGCUCACAAAAAAGCAAAAAAGAAAGUAAACAAAGUCAGUAAAAUUCCUAAGAAAUCUAAACGCAAACACGUAAUAAAAAGAACAAUACCAAAGCGAAAGUCAACGAUGAAAAAGGAAUACUAUGACGCCGUAGAUAGAAAGAUAUUAAAAAAAAUCGCAGGACGCAGAAUUCGUUGGUCGAAAAAAGAAGAAGAUAUGAUUUAUUUAGCAAAAGUAGCGGAUUUAUUUUUAGGCGCUGAUAAAACUUAUAGGAAACAAAUAGUACCAUUAAAUGUUAUUCGAGAUGUAUUGCAUAUAGUUUCGGCUGAAAGCAAACUCAAAACUUCUAGGGCUAUCCAACGUCGAUGGAUGAAAUUGCAACAGAGCGGUGUCUAUCAUAAUAUAGAAGAACAAUUUCCUAACUUAUUCAAAGUGAUACCUAUUAAAGAUACUUUCGGAUUGUUAGCAAAUAAACUCAACACUCGCGAGGAUAACAAAAAAACAUUUAGAAUUACCGAUGGGCAACACUAUGCAGCUUUCGUUAUUUUGUAUCAUUAUCUCUUGAAAAACAUGCAUAGGAUUAUGGAUAUUCUCCAUGGUAAUAUCGUAAACAUUAAUCAUUUGUCUGAACAAAAUUUAGAGUAUACCGAAAAAAAUUUGAUUGAUAUAGAAAAGAAAGUAAAAAAAUAUAAAGAUGCUAAAGAUCAGGAAGACAUUAAAAAAGAUGUGUUGAAAUCAGUAGUCCAUAGUUCGUUAUGCUGUAAGGAGGGUGAAGUUGAUUUGAGUAUACAUCUAUUGAAAAUUUAUCAAAACCAUCCUGAUUUGGUAGUACGAGCUGCUGUUACCGAACUAAGAGAAACGAGUACAAUAACACGCCAAAAAAUAACAAAUAAAAAGACGAAACUCUGGGAUACCCCAUUUGCCCUCUCACAAUAUUAUAUAUUUUCACAAUACAGCACUUUCGAUAAAACAACAGCUGUAGAAGCGUACACGACAAUGUUGGAUAUUGUUCACAAUGAAGGAAACGGUAUUCAAAAUAGGGAAGAAGGUAUACAACAUAAAAGAUAUGGACAAUUAUUAGGUAUAAAUGAAUUUUUCGGAUAUUGUGAUAGUAUUGGCUUCGAAUUUAAUUUACCUCAGUACACCAUUGCGUUGAAUCCUAAAAUAGAGAACCACGACGAACUUGUCCAUGAACUCGCCCUAAGAUUCCAGAUCAAACUGAAAUCAUCACAGCAGGAUAGUAAUGAAGCUGAAAUUGAUUUGGAAGAAGAAGACGACAUCAACGAUACAGUCAAAAUCUCGGCUGAUCAAGAAAUCGAAAAAAAUGUAUCUGAACCAUCAGAUCUAAUCACACCUAUGGACGUUGAUAUAGAAGAUACACAAAUAAAUCCUUUAGAUCUCACAAUCGAUCACGGCAUUGCUGAUACUAUAGAUCGUUUAAAGACAUGGGUAACUGACCGAGUAAAGAUUAACGAUGAACGAAGAAGUCCUAGUCCAGAAUUUAUGCUCAUACCAUCUGAUAUUGAUGAAAGUUAUGGAGAUGAUCAGAAUCCCAGUGAAGACCACAUACAAGAAAAAGUUGUUGCCAAAAAAAUCAAACCUCGAGAAAAACAAUCUAAACAAAUUCCUAGCUUGGAAGAAAUUAAAGCAGGUAUGUUGGAGUUGAAUACAAAUAAUGAGGAACGAACGAUUCCAUAUAUAACGGAACUGAGUGAUCUACUAAAAGAAAAUUUCAGUGAAUUAAAAACAAACGUUAAUGUGUUAGCUUUAAAAGAACAUUUCAUUACUCAAUACGCUACAUUGAAUAGAAUUUUAUACGAAGAUUAUGAAUAUAUAAAAAAUCAUUAUAUGAUAAAAUUUAUUGAGGAUCGUACACAAAAUAAGAAACUUUGGGAUCGAAUUGAAAGUGAUAUAUUUAUAAAAGAUUUCUUAUUAAUGCCGAAUUUUGAGGAUCUCAUGAGGGAAGAUAAUGCAACCGAUGAAGAUAUUCUACUGGCUAAUGAGAUUAUUCAGUUUGCUGCUUCUAAAACCUUGUUAGGUGCCUCCGCUCAAGAACUAAAGGACAAUUUUCUACAUCGCGAAAAGAAUAUUUCUUUAUUGAAUAUUUUGAAACAUUUAAUGAAAGCUGGUAUUCUACUUCAAACUGGCAUUUGUUCAUUAACAUUUGUCCAUUAUAGUUAUCAAUAUGCAUGGAUUCUUCAAGAUGUUAUUUGUACGAAUGUAGAUACGAAAGAACAAAAUAAAGGACAAAAGCGGUGUAGUAUGAAAGUUAUGCCUUGGGUGAGGGUGGAUGGCGUCUUGAAUAAAAUAACAUUGAAAAUAUGGAUAAGCAAUGUACUAUCAUAUUGCCUGGAUUAUCCAAAAGUACCAUUCUCUAAACUUUGUGAUAAAUAUUGUUUCAUAAAACCGGUAGAUUUGUUUUUUAUCGUACAGAUUCUAGAAGAAUUAGGUUGUAUAGAAUUGUUAUUUUACGAUAAGAUGGAAGAAGAUUUGUUCACAGAAUGGACUAUGACCAAAGAACGAUACGCCACAUUCCUGGAUGAUUUGGAGGAGAUAAUUAUUCAACCAAAUAUUGCAUCCAUGACACGGCUGGGAUCGUUUUUCUAUGAAACAAUUUGAAAGAUAGAUGAAACUUUAUUGUAUUUUGUUAUGUACAUUUUUGUUUUCUAAAAUAAAAUUUCCAAUUUAUAUUUUUAA